CUAUGAAUGAUGAUGAAGCAGUCAGCAGCUCCUAUGAAUCCUAUGAUGAGGAAGAGAGCAGUAAAGGCAGAUCAGCCCCUCAUCAGUGGCCAUCACCCGAAGCAUCUAUUGAACUUAUGAAAGAUGCCCGGAUUUGUGCUUUUCUCUGGCGAAAGAAAUGGUUAGGCCAGUGGGCCAAGCAGCUUUGCAUGAUUAAAGAAAACAGAUUGUUGUGUUACAAGACUUCCAAGGACCAUAAUCCUCAGCUGGAUGUUAAUUUGGUGGGUUGCAGUGUCAUUCACAAGGAGAAGAAUCUAAGAAAGCAGGAACAUAAGCUGAAGAUCAUCCCCAUGAAUGCAGAUGUGAUCGUCUUGGGUUUGCAAAGUAAAGACCAGGCAGAACAAUGGCUCAGAGUAAUCCAAGAAACAAGUGGUCUCUAUCCAGAUGGGCCAUGUGAAGGAAAUCAGUAUGUUCCAGACUUUCAGCGGUUCAAUAAUCCAAAAGUGGAGCCAUCAGAGACUGGAAGCAACGCUGAUGGUCACAUAGAGCUGAUGGAAACAAAAGAUGCUAAGAAGAAAUGCACACCUGGGUUAAAAUUUAGCAACCUGAUGAAUCUUGGGAGAAAGAAGUCUGCCUCCAUGGACAGUCCAGAAAGAUCUCUGGAUACUUGCACAUAUUUAAAUGUACUGGUGAACAGCCAAUGGAAAUCCUACUGGUGCCAUGUGAAGGAUGGCCAGCUCCACUUUUACCAGGACAAAAACAGAAACAAAACAGCUCAACAACCUUUGAACUUGGUGGGCUGUGAAAUCAUCCCAGACCCAAGCCCUGACCAUGUCUACUCAUUUCGUAUCCUACACAAUGGUGAAGAAUUGGCCAUGUUAGAGACAAAAUCUUCUGAAGAAAUGGGCCACUGGCUUGGUGUCCUUUUGUCAGAAUCUGGAUCUAAAACGGAUCCCGAGGAGCUUACUUAUGAUUACGUUGAUGCUGAUCGAAUUUCCUGUAUUGUCUCUGCAGCAAAAAACUCAUUAUUCUUAAUGCAAAGAAAGCACUCUGAACCCAACACUUACAUUGACAACCUGCCAAAGAGAAUGGGGAACCAAGAAGAACUCUAUGAUGAUGUGGACAUUCCAGAGGCCACCAUGGAUCCUGUGCCUCCAAAUGGAAGUAAAUGUGAAGGGGAACAGGACAGAGUCUAUCUAGACCUCACUCCAAUGAAAUCCUUGCUGCACGGAGCUGGCUCAAAGCAGGGUCAGACUACUCCUUCAGUGUCUCCCCCUUUACAAAGAUCUAUGAGCAAGAGCUCAGUGGACUUUGAAAAAGACUCAGCCAUGGUGCAAAAAGAACCAGAGCUAAACAGAAGUGCAAUGGAAAUUCCAGAACAGCAGAGGCCUUCCGACAUAGAUGAACUGCCAUCUCCAUGGACAGGUACAAUAAAAAUCCAGACACAACAGCAGCAAAUUAUAUUUCCUCAGAGUGACCCCACUGUGGUAAUGGCUGCACCAAAGGAAAAAACAGAAAAGCUCAAAGUGAUGAAUACAGCCCCUGUAGAAACAAAACUAGGCAAGAACAGGACAGAGGCUGAAGUGAAGAGAUAUUCAGAGGAGAGAGACCGUUUGGAGAAAGACAAAGAAGAAAUCCGUUCUCAGCUGGCAAAGCUUCGAAAAGAGAAAAGGGAGCUGAAAGAGAUUCUGAUGAACUGCUCAGAUAAGAAUAAAUUGUCUACAAUGGAACAGAAGCUAAAAGAGAUAGAAGAAGAGUGUAAGAGGAAAGAAGAUCAGCGUGUUGACUUGGAGCUGAGACUUGUUGAAGCAAAAGAGAAUCUCAGGAAAGCAGAGUCUGGUCCAGUUACACUUGGCACCACAGUGGAUACCACACACAUGGAAAAUGCAAGUCCCAAAAUGAAAGUUGCUAAUCCUACGAAUAAUCCAGAAAAUUCACCUGUCAAUUCAGCAGUGGCAUUAAAAAACCGCCCUUUAUCUGUCAUGGUCACAGGGAAAGGAACAGUUUUGCAGAAAGCAAAGGAAUGGGAAAAGAAAGGUGCUAGUUAGGAAAUCCUAGCCUCAAGAACAGACUGAAGAUUCAAAUUGGCUCUUUGUGGACUACAGAAGCCUACUGCCAGUAGCAAAAAUGUCCAGAUGAAGAGAGCAUGGCAAGUGGGGAACUGUAUCAUACUGUCUGGAAGAAACAAUGGACCUUGGCCAGUUGCCAGUGUGGCCUCCCUUAGACUAAGGCUGUUGCUCCUUUUAGCAGACUUGCACUGUGUAGAUAGGACAGAUAACCCAAAUGGAAACAGUACUUCUAACCUUACUGGUAUCCUGAAACUGUUGCUGUACAUAAGGAAGCUUUUGUCUACUUUUAGUAUGGUGUUUUAUCGCUGCACAGUCUAGGAUUUGUUGUUAAAUGACUUUUAAUUGGACAUGUUUAAUAUUUCUGUAGCAUACCAAGGCAUGGCAGGAGACAGAGGAGGGAAAGUUGAGCCUCACACCAGCCAUUUCUUUAGCAGAGACGGUUUCCUAACCAAUGAUGCAAAUUUGAAUGACACUUCUGUGGAAUUGUAAUUAAAUGCAGCUGUUCUGCCCAACACAACAUCCACCUGAGAAAGGGUUAGGUGCUCCAGUUUGAACGUUUAGCUGGCACACCAGGCUUAUUCAGAUGCCCUAAUUUCAGAUAUAGUGACCUAUUGCUCUGCAUAGUGAUAUUAUAUGAUCCAUGGAUUUGAACAUGCCAUUAUUUUAUUAAGGGAGCCAGUAUGGUGUAAUGG